GGGAAGAAGCAGAUGCAGGUGCUGAAGAGCAAGGCGGCCGAGCUGAAGCUGGUGAGGCAUUUGGAUAGUUUGAGGGGGCCGAAGGUGGUUUUUAGGGCGAGGAGGUUGUAA